AUGGAUAAAAUAGAAGUUGAAACUCAAAAAAUUCAAAAUAAUACAUCCACAUCAGAAACGAAGAUUAAUAUUCCUGAUAAUAUAAAAGAACAUGGGAAAGAGAUUGAAAAAAUUCAACCAAAAACGAAGGAUGAUUACCAUUUUAAAGAACAUAGGCAAUCAAUUGAUCGAAUUUUUGUUUCUCAAUACAUGGAUGAUAUUAGUACUUACAAUGAAAAAUAUGGUUCAGAUGAUUUUGUUGUUACUUAUAGUAGUAAAGAUAAAUCAGUUCUUGGAUGGUCAAUUAAAGAGAAUGAACCAAAACCCGAUGUUUAUUUUAAGAUUGAUAAAAUUGAUGAUAUUUUUUUAGACAAUUCUAUACUAAAUAAAAAAAUCUUGUUAUUACGUAGUUUUAAUAAUCCUUGGUUGAUUGAUUUAAAUAGUGAUCGUACUAGUAGUAGUAGUGAUCGAUUUCUUAAACUAAAGCAUCAAGUUCAUAAUCUAAAUGAUGAUUUUGGAUUCCUUCCUAAUGGUGAUUUGAUUCAAGUAUCACUAAUAGAACGCAAAAUUUACAAGUACUGUUUUACAGAUAAACCAAAAAAUACAGUUCCUUGGGAAUAUUCACAAAUUAAUGAUAUAAAAAUUCGUUUAAAUGAGCAUGUUAUGUUGUUAUGUUCUAUAUCUCGAACAAAGUUAUUUCUAUUUUUCGAACAAUUUGCCAGUACCUAUCCUGUUGCCAGUACCUAUAAAAUGCUUCAAUUUGAUUUAUUGUCGAUGAAUUUAGAAAGAACAUAUCAUGAAAUUCAUCCUUUUAUGGGGUAUCGACAAAUAACAGUGAAUAAAGAUCAAACGUUAUUGACGAUAUUGCAAGAUAGUGAAACUUAUAUAUAUUCAAUGGAAAAUGGAAUGUUAAUUUAUAAGAGUAUUGAUAGUGAAUGUGUAGGGUUUAUUCGGCGAGCUGAAUUCAUAACUUUGAAAAAUACCGAAAGAUUAGCUAUUUGUAGUCCAUAUGGUAGUAAACUUGUAGAUCCUUAUCAAGUUUAUGAUGAAAUUGGCAUUUCCUAUGAUUUUAAUAAUACAAGUGUGAUAACUAAAUUAAAUAGAAAAAUUUUCACUGAUAAUGGUAAUGUUUGUGUCACAAAUGGAAUCGAUGAAAAUGAAUUGCAACAAUUAUCAAACAAGAUCAUAUAUAGAAAUACUAUUUAUUCUUUAUCUACCUUUAAAAUUAUACAAAGUAUGUUUAAUAAAAUCAUUGAACAAGAUGAAAUUAAAAAGGUUGUAUCACAUGGUGAAAAGAUUGUGUUAAAAGAUGGGUUUGAAAUUAAAAAUCUUGGUCUUUGUAGAAUUGUUCUUUAUCAUGAUUACAGUAAUCGUAUAGGAAUUGAAGAUAAUAACGGAAAUCUAGUACAUUCGUUUGUUUUUUCUGAUAUACUCUCAAUUAAACUAUUAAAUAACAAGGAUUUGAUAGUAAUUGAUAUACAUGGAAUCAGUAUUCAAACAAUAAAUGAAAUUUGGCUUGAAACACGAUACCUUUGGCGUAAUAAUGAAUGGAAAAAUAUUUAUGACAAAUUCUUUUUCAUGAAUAAUUAUGACAAUAUUAAUGCAUAUAAGCCAAUUUUUAGAGAAAUUUUAAAAAAUGAAUUUGAUGAUUCAAAACGCUCAAUACCAUUCCCAAUAUUUAUAGAAGGUGGACCUAAUGUAGUUAAAGAUGUUAUAAGUGAUAAUUUAGCAUCACCAAAAUUUGGAAUUGAAAUGUUAAAAAUAGCAAUUAAAAAAAAACAUCAAGAUACUAUUCAACAAAUUAUUAAUUCAACUCAAAAUUAUUCUGAAAAUUAUAUGUCCAUUAUUAGUUUAAACUUAGCAGAAUUGUGUGAUUAUUAUCCUGAUUUCAUAAUCAAAUAUAUCUCAAGCACUUCUAUUAUGUUAUCUCCUUAUUGUAUUGGCAUUGAAGAUUCAAAAAAUACUUCACUUUAUUCAUAUGCAAACAUAAUUUACAUUAAAAAAUCAAAUAUAGAAAAGCCUAUUUCAGCAAAAUAUGAAAAAGUCAGUUUCAUUGUUCCUUUUCCUCAAAUAUGUAUAUACCAAGUUGACUCCAAAAAUAAUGAUUAUGAAAAUAAUGAGGAUAAAAAAAAUCAUGAUAUUAAAUUAAAAAUAAUCACAAUACUAAAAAAAAUGAUUAUUGGACUAAAAAUAAUUAUGAUGAUACCAAAAAGUAAUAGUGUUUGGAACGAAUUUUUAUAUAAAUCAAAAUCUAUUCUAUUUUGUAAUAUAGAUAGUAAUCAUUUUUAUAAUUGGUGGAAUUUUGCUGCAAUUAUAGAUUUUAAGUGGAAAACUUUUGGAAGAGUUUACUAUUCUCUGAUCUGGUUAUUUUAUAUAAUUUUUUAUAUUUGUUAUUCAUUAGCUUCUACAUUAGAACAAAAGUCUAUCUCUGAUUUUUAUUUUAAAUUACUUUUUAUAAUUUCUGUUAUAUUUGGCUCAAUAUUUUUAAUUUUUGAAAUUCGGCAAUGUCUAUGGAAUUAUAAACAUUAUUUUAAAGAUAUAUGGAAUUUAUUUGAUGUUGGAGCAUAUCUUUUACCCAUUAUAACAUCUAUUUUUUGGCUUAUUAAUAAGAAUCAACCACCUUGGCUUACAGAAAUAUCUAUUAUAUUAUUGAGUUUUAAAUUUUUAUUAUUUUUUAGAAUAUUUAAAUCAUUUGGAAUUUAUUUUGCAAUAAUAAUUGGUGUUGCAAAAAAAGUUUUUCCAUUUGUAGUGCUCUUAUUUUUUUUAGUACUUGGAUAUGCUCAAGCAUUUUUUAUUGUUUUAAGAUCAAAUAAUAUUAAUGAUGAUAAUGAUCCACAGAAUCUUGCAACUAAAUAUAAUUUUAUUAAUCCAAAUGGAACUAUAAGUAACACUACAGCAAUAAUUCAAGAUCCUGAUUCAAAUACAAAUUUGUUUAACUGGUUUCCUACUUCACUUUUAGCAGUAUAUAAUCUUCUUACUGGUGACUCUGGAUCUUUAUCAUCAUUUACUUAUCGUGAAAAUCCUAUUAUGACCAUUUUAUUAGUUACCUUUACAUUUUUCACAGUAAUCUAUCUUAUGAAUUUAUUUAUUGGAUUACUUAACAUAGCAAUUGAUGAUUAUAAUAAAGAAGAAGAAUAUUUACUUCAAAAAGCACAGAUUAUUAUGGAAAUUGAAUUAUUUUAUAUGUUACCAUGGCAACGUAAUAAAAAGGAAUGGUUUCCAGAUUGGAUCUAUUAUGAUAUACCUAUUACUAAAAUUCGUAAUUUAAUUAAUGCAAUUGAUAAUAAUCAAACUGUAUUUAAUUAUCCUCCAAUUAUUAGUGAGAAAUUGAGAAAUUUAGUGGUAUUUACUGAUGAUAAUAAUAAACUAGAAAAGAAAAUAGAUCGUAUUAUGAAAUAUAUUGAAAUAGAACAAGAUAAUAAAUUAGAGAAGCAAAUAGAACAAACAAAAGAAGAACUUGUACAACAAAAUACUGAGCUUAAACAACAAAUGGAUAAACUUAAACAACAAAUGGAAAAUAUUACAAAAUUAUUAUUAAAAAGAAAAACUAGAAACAAGUAUUUUUUAAGAAUACGUCAAUUAUUAUUGGAUAAACUUGUAGUUAUUGAAAAUAGAUUGAAGAAACAAGAAAAGAACAGACAAACUACAACUUAUAUUAAAUUUAGUCAUGGUAGACGAACAUGGUAUUUGGGUUUCUACAUUCCAUGUUUAUUUUGUAGUAAUGUCUGUGCUUAUGUAAUGUCAAACAAUAGAAAAGUAUGCCAAAAUUGUCUUUCUAAAGUGAUAGUAACACCUACACCUCUCACGCAAAAUACGUUUAAAAAUUAUUGUCAAAGUAAACAAAUAUCAAAGCCAGUAGUUUCUAAACAUCGAUUGAAACAAAGAGGUGAUAUUCUCAAGAAACAUUAUAUAUCAAACAAGGAAUUGGAGUUUCUGUUUGAUCAAGUUACAAGUAGAUCAGGAUACAACAUGUUGAAAGAAUAUAUUUUUAUUAAUUAUUCCUUCAACUGUGAAUAUUUUCUGGAAUUAAGGAAAAAAAAAGAAGCCACUCUCGAACAUGAAUAUAUUAAGGUGGCUGAACAAUCGACCAGUGCUGGUAAGAAUAUUAUGGUCAAUGAUAUUACCACAAGUUUUCAAGAGCUAGAAAUUAGAGAACAGGAUAACUUGCUUCCCUGGCAAGAAAUACUACGCAGACAAAUACCGAUUACCAGUCCUUAA